CCUCAAGAUUUCGAAAAUUCGAUCACCAACUCCCCCUUUCCCUCCCCACUCCGUCCGCUGCUGCUGCUACUGCUCCUCUGGAAGCAUCGAUCUCUCUCUCGACCCAUGGCGAAGGCAAGGGCACACGCGUCGAAGCGAACCACCCAUCACCUCCUACUCGCGGUUUCCCUCUCUGUUUCCGUUCUCCUCCCGCUGCUCUUGCCGGCGGCGGCAACCGCCGCGGUGGCGGUGGUGGAGGGGGAUGGGGAGAUCAAGUCGGCGCUGGGGGCCGGGAGGCAGUGGGCGACCGGGAAGGACGAGGUGAAUCUGGUUGCGGAAAGGGAUACUGCUGGAGGCGGUUUGGUGGAGGAGGACGAGUUCGCUGGUGGCUUCGGCUCCCUCGAUAGCAUGCUGCAGUGGGCGAUUGGAAAUUCUGAUCCGGAGAAGCUGAAAGAGGAGGCAGCUGAUGUGCAGAAAUUGUCUGCAGAUGAGCUGCUGAAGCGGCGUCAGGAGAUCAAGGAGUUGAUGGAGAAGUUAAAGAUGCCAUCAGAUGCUGACUUAAUGAAAAUUGCAAUUGCUGACUUAAAAAACUCUUCCGUUUCUCUGGAGGAUCGCCAGCGUGCAUUGCAGGAACUUUUAGUUCUUGUUGAGCCCAUUGACAAUGCUAAUGAUCUUGACAAACUUGGGGGCCUUCUUCCUGUGAUUCAAGAGCUUAAUAAUGCAAAUGAAGAAAUACGGACCACCUCUGCAUGGAUCCUUGGUACAGCCAGUCAGAAUAAUGCACUUGUACAAAACCAGAUCCUCGAUUAUGGAGCUUUGGUGAGGUUGGUGAAGAUGGGCUAUUCGACAUCUACAGAAGAAGCUGCAAAAGCAUUACAUGCUAUAUCUGCUUUGAUCAGAAACAAUGUAAAUGGUCAAGAGGCAUUCCAUUCAGAAAAUGGGGGUGCAAUGUUGCAGCACAUAUUGGGGAGCAACAGUAUUGAUGUUAGGCUACAGAAGAAGGCAGUGUUUUUAGUAACAGAUCUGGCAGACUUUCAGCUAAAUUCUGGAAACCCACAACUUCCUUUCUUAAGUGACCGCCUUUUCUUGAAGUCAAUAGUUGAUAUGUUGUCAAAUUUUGACCUAGAUCUUCAUGAAAAGGUCUUGUUGGCCAUUAAGAGUCUACUGAAACUUUCCUCAACUGAUGUGGAGGAUUUUGAGUUCUAUGACCUUGAGGGUGUUCUGCUCAGACUAGGGGUACAGUUGGAGGAUUUGACACCAGAGGAUCAAAAGGAGUUCGCUGCGGAGGUUGAUGGCCUUCGAAGAGAAGUUCAGACGCUCUUCCAACAGAAGCUCAAGCAGGGUAAAGCAACUGCGACAUGAUAUUUGGAAAACCACCAGAAGAUUUGCCCUUUUGGAUGCAAUAUAAUACAUCAUUUUUUGUGGGAUGUUAAUGUUACAGUUAGAUGGCAGGUUUGGAUGUCCUUUUCUUGCAGUAUUCAGGAAUGAUCAGUCGUAGGGGACGGGAGGAUUGCCAGGUAGUGAUGUCGUGGUGUUGUAGUAUACGAUGCCAUGAUAAGUUAGGCUUUUAUAGGCACGUGCUUAUGACUUCAUUUUGGCAAACUAAUUAUCAUUCUCACAACAUUCUGUGAGACUGUGAUACGGGCACUGCAAUGAAGCAAUUUUUCCUUGUGCCGUUGCAGCUUCAGCUUCCUUUUGAGGCCUGUUAAAUUUGAUGUUGUUCAUAUUCAUAUCUUUUCCGAGCUCGUGACGAAACUAAA